CCGAGCCAUCCAGACCCAGAGAACAAGGUUGAUGUACGACUACCUCGAUCCGUUCAAGCCGUAUACCUAAAACCCUUACGACGAAUCCCGCGAUACGGAAUCCCAUCAUGCGAUCUCCAACUGCGAUCAUACAGUGUACGAAACCUUGAAUUCUUCGCAGACUUUGCAAUGCGCGCUGCAUACUACUUAAACCUUCCCGCAUCUGGACCGGUCCCCUUGCCGCGGAUUGUAGAGAGAUGGACGGUUCCGAAGGGUAGUUUCAUUCACAAGAAGUCGCAGGAGAACUUUGAGAGAAAGACUUUGAGAAGACUUAUUCAGAUUAAGGAUGGGCAUCCGGAGACGGUUGAGAUAUGGCUGGCAUUCUUGAAGAAGCAUGCAUACUAUGGGAUCGGUAUGAAGGCAAAUGUUUGGAAUUAUGAGAAGCUUGGUGUUGGAAAGACCAUGGAUGCCACUGCGGCGGAGCUCAAGGAUGAUUUGGAGUCCAAGAUGGCUCUUCUGGGACUGAGGAAGCAGGAUUCCACGGCCGAGAAAAUCACAGAGUUGAUCAGCAGAGAGGAUUUCAAAGCUUCGAGGGACGGGCCAAUGACCAAGACGCAUCCUACUCCCCUGAAAGACCCUACCUUCAACUGA